UUUUUUCUAAAAUCGUCGUUUAUAAAUAUAUAUUUGAUUACAGUUCAAUCAAUAAAGUCUAAAAUGUCAACAUCCCGAUCACAGCCUCGAAGAAAAAGAUUUGUACCGAAAUACGAAGUAGAAGGCGUCCACAAAGUAAUAUUAGGAGAGGAGACGGAAAUACAAAUCGAUAUGGUCGUUGGAACACAUAUAAAUGCUCAAUAUCCCUGGAAACCUAUAAGUAAAGCUAAAAUAGCAGAAACUAUUGAUAGCGGCGGGGAACUCUCAGAAUUCUUUCCCAUAAAAGAGCAAAUUGAAGCGUAUACUGAAGAGUUUAUUUUAAUGGGAUAUAUUGCAGAUGAAUCUAAUGAUGUUGAUGAGUUCUAUAUUUGUUGUACUACAGAAGCAAGAGAUCAUUGUAAACAACAGUCUGACAGAUUUAUUAAGAGACAAGAAAAAAAAUUAGAGAAGGCUGUUCAGAAGAAGCCAAGGCCAUGGAAAAGUUUAGGAAGUGAAGCGGAAAUAUUGGAGUUAUUACCUGUCAAUACAAGACCAUUAAUAGAAGUAGAAAUAAAAGCUAAAUUUCCAAAAGUUUAUGAACCUACUUCAUUUAAAGUUAGAGAUGCAGAUGGAGCUCGUGACGGUUAUAUCGAACUAACUCCUUAUAGGCAGCGAUUUAAUAAUGUCUUUAGAAGUAGAGUUGAUUAUGGAUGUCAAGCAGCGCCAUCAAAAUCUCACAGAGAAGCUCAAACUGAACUUAGAUACCCUCAAAAUAUGUGGACUCAGUCAAUAGCUGACGCUCUUUCAAAAAUUGGUGAUACUGAGGCAGGGGGUGAUACUGGCAUAGAAGGCGGAGCAGAAGAUGACAACAAAGAAGGCCAAAGUUCUGAUGAAGAAGAAGAAGAAAAUAAAGAACCUCCUGAUGAAGUAGGAUUGGCUACUUAUAGAGCAGCUUUGAAACGUAUGCGUCGAACAUCAUACAUAAAAAUGAUUAAUGAUUUCAUGUCUUUGAAAAAAAGUGAAAUGGAUUCAAUUGUGGAACUUAAUACUGUAAUGGAUAUAUAUUGUAAUGAUUAUCCUAAUUUGGUGACUGAAAAAACUAUAGAUAUUUAUGAUUCAAUGACAUUUGAAGAAUAUGUAUGUUUUACAGAUGUAAGAGCUAAAGAUAAAUAUGUGUCUAGUGCAGUUUUUCAUCCAAUGUGGUCAGGUAUUGUAGCCAUAAGUUAUUCAGAUGGAUCACCAUCAGUUAUGAAAACUAUAAGUUCCCGACCAGAUCCGAUACAAAGAGCAGUUUAUGGGCUAAAUCCUGUUAUGAUUUGGAGUCACAUUGAUAGUUUAAUUCCAAAAUUAUAUUUAGAGUCACCACGUGAAGUUAAGGUACUUUCGUUUUGUCCUUUUGAUGAAAAUAUUUUAAUCGGUGGAUGCAUAAAUGGACAAAUUGUAGUUUGGGAUCUCACCAAUAAAUUAGAAAAUGUAGAAAAGUUUGAAGUUUUAAGUGAGACACGGGAAAAGUAUCGAAUUGCCAUGAAUGCACAUAUGGGUUGGAUGAAAUCUGUUCAAGAUAAUGCUGUAGUACAAGCUACUGUCUUAAGUAAUUUAAUGACAAGUCAUUAUGGGCCUGUGACGACUAUUAGGUGGCUUUCACCUAAUUUCAUAGUAACCUCUACUGGGAAAACUAUUAUGAUGACGGAUAAGAAAAAAUCUAUGAUGUUUUUUACUGGUUCAGAGGACGGAAAUAUUCUAAUUUGGAAUUUAUCUGUAGAAAAUGUUACUUUAGUUGAUAGUAAUAAAGUUAAAAAAUUAAAACGAGUAUUAAAAAGACCCUCGGGUUUGUUGGUUGAUAUUUCACCUUACAAAGUAUUAGAUCGUCACUUGCAACCAAUUUACAAAAUUAUUUUGGGGAUAGCUGGGCAGCCGCAGAUUUUGAGUUUGCAAACUUUUGCAAUGAAUCCUCCAGUUAUUAAAUAUAUUUAUACGCCAAGAAAUACUGGUACUGGACGGAAGUAUUUUAAUUGUGAAAUUGUUUCACAAAGCGAAGAUGAGAUAUCUACGGUUUUAUAUUGCGGUUCUCAGCAUGGUGAGGUAAGACGUAUUGCGUAUGAGGGCCAUGAAUUCAAUACCGGGGAAGUUGUCAAUUCCGAAUAUUGUGAAAUAAAAUUUAGAUGCUAUAUACACGACGGUAUUAUAACAUGUACGCAGAGAAAUCCAUUUAUAAAUCAUUUGACAUUGACAGUGGGUGGAAAAAUAUUUGCAAUUUGGUCUGAUAAAUUAUUAGCUCGGCCGCUGAUAUGGAAGAAACGACCAUAUCGUCUUACAGAUGCAGCUUGGUCAUUAUAUAAACCUAGUUUAUUGUUCAUUGCUACUUCAGAAGGUGAUCUUGAAACAUGGGAUUUAUUACUCAGGAGUGAUAAACCGAUAUCCGUACAGACUCUCUCUGGAACUAUGCUUACAGGGGUUAGCCUUCAUACUUUACCAUUAGUCAAAAAUAUUAUCGGAGUUAGUGACGUCAAUGGUUCAUUUAGAAUGUUUUUAAAUCCACCGAUAUUUAUGAUUGAGAAUGCAUCGUAUAUUGGUCGGAUGGAAAGUAUGAUUUUAAGAGAAUUGAAAGUUAUGCAUUCAUUUAUAUCCUGGCAAGACGAGUGGAUGAAAAAUAAUCCACAUAUACUGUUAGAGAUGAAGCGAAAAGAAGGAGUUCUUUUAGCUGAAAAAGAAGAACAAAGACGCAAACAGAGAGAAGAAGAAGAGAAAAGAUUGGAAGAACAGGCAGAAGCUAGAAGGCAGCAAAAGAUGAAAGUAGUUGGCCCAGAAGAGAGAUGGCAAAAAAUUAUACAAAAAUUAAUAGAGAGAACUAUUGCCGUAAAAAAAAGAAUUAAUAGAGCUGAGCUUAUUGAACACGAAAAACCAUUAAGAGAAUUAGAGAGUCAACGUUUGGAGAAAGAAAGAAGAAUGCUUGAAAUUAUGAAAAACCAGGAGGGUAUUUUUAAUGACACCGUUGCUAUUUUAUUCCCGGAAGCAAUAAAAAAGAAGGCUAAAGAAAAGAAAAACCUGUUGUCUGACGAUAAAGAAGGACUUAAAAAAGAAUAUUUAGAAGAUUACAAUUAUUUAAAGAGUAUUGCUAUCAACACGGUACGUGAAAAUCCCUAUAAAGCAGUAUUCUCAUGGGAGGGAACACUUGCUGAGGGUAAGGAGAGAAGACAAGCUUUAAAUGCUUACGAAGAUUAUAUUACGAUGCAUAGAAUGAGAACUGAAGAGGAAGGUAAAGAGUCGCCACCUCCACCGACUGUCAAAGUAAAUAAAAAAAUACAACCUGUAAUGUCUGGUCGUGAAAUUACGAAAGAAGAGCUUACUGAAAGAGAUAGUGCGUGAAUUUUAUUAUAAUCUGUUUUUUUGCAAUUUAUGUUGUAU